CAUUGAGAUCACACCCUUGUGUAUGAGUCUAAAGCCAUGGCGUUGUUCUCAUCCAAAAAGCCUCAACCGCCUUCGCCCAAAUGGGCAGCUGCAGAAGUAAAGACUGACUUUCCAGAAUCAGCCAAGAAGGCGUGGAAGGAAGGUUUGUCUAAGCCGAAAGAGAAAUUCUUGGAGCGCAAGGAGGAAUUGACAGAAUGGUUGGGAGGGGAGAAGAAAUUUGAUGAAAUCGUUAAGAAAAUUGAAGAUCGAGAAGAAUGCCAUUGGCUAGAACGCUUUUACGUGAGCAAGGACGAGGAUAAGCCUAACGCUUGCACUCGUGUUUGUUUCAAGGAGCAGGGAGAUGCCAUCCCUGCUGGAAGGGACAAAGAGUUUCAGGCACCAAAUUCCAAAGUACACUUUCUUUUUUGCACUGCAAUCUACUAGCGAUGCCCUCCAACCUAAUCCAUUGUAACCAGAAAAGUUUGGAUUUGCUAUGUUUUGCUCGUUCUUGAAUAUGAUAGUAACCCUCAAACACAGCAAAACAAGUUGGCCACACAUGGGUGAUUUGAAUGUUGCAGUUUCUCUUUGGACCACAUGACCUGACAUGCGUGACGAACUGAAGCGCGACGCUUUCGCGCUUCAGGACUACCUGGCGUUUUUACUCAAGGUGCAAGACAAGGUGAAGAAUAUCCAAAACGCGCAGCAGGGUCAGCAAUUCGUCAAGCAGUGGGAAGCUUCAGUGCUAAAACUCCCAAAUGCCCAGCUCCAGGGUGCCAACCUCGUUGGUGCACAGCUUCAGGGAGCCAUCCUUGAUGGAGCGCAGCUCCAGGGUGCCAUCCUCGCUGGUGCGCAGCUCCAGGGUGCCAUCCUCGUUGGUGCACAGCUUCAGGGAGCCGAUCUUACCGGAGCGCAGCUCCAGGGUGCAACCCUUGCCAAAGCGCAGCUUCAGGGAGCCGAGCUUGGUGCACAACUUCAGGGAGCGGACUUUUCUCAAGCGCAGCUUCAGGGAGCUGACCUCUAUGGAGCACAGCUCCAAGGAGCCAACCUUAGUACCGCAAAUCUCACCAACACAGCAUUCUAUGGAGACUUCACUGGCGCCAAUCUGUCGACUGCUGUUUGGGAGCGUGGCGAAGCUCCACACUGCACUGAUGUCACGUGUGAGGCUUUGAAUAUCCCAAGAUUUUCAAAAAAACCGGCCACAAGGAGCGGUGCCAUGGGAGCAUUACUUGCAAAGCUCUUCAGAGCAUUUCUUCCAGGUGGAGCUGAGGCUGAAGACUCUGAUGAAGAUGGAGAUGACGAUGAGACAAAGACAGAUGAAGGUGAGUCGAAGGAAGGUGAAGACGGUGAAGAUGAAGGUGGAGAUGACCAGAAAGAUGAGGACGAAGGUACAAGCGCCCCCUUGCUUUGCAACGGCGCUUGCACGGGCUAUUGCAAGGCAGAGGCCAUGGAAACCUUGCAAGAGGUUGUGAUUGAAGUGGCAGAUGAGUCUGCGGAGGCAGCGGGCAGAAAGUUAGAUGAGAUGAUGAAGAAGGCAGAAGAUCAAUUGGGGGUGGCGCUGAAACACAUCGACGCAACCAUGAAACCCCACGUCCAGGCUUUGCGACAGAUCAUGGCCAACAACAAGUUCAAGAAGGUCUUCGGGAAAUUGGCACCAGAGCAACAAAAGGCACUUCUGGGAACCAUUACCGUUUUGGGGAAGACCGAGAAAGGCAAGACGUUUGCCAAGGGAGUUAAGCAGUUUGAGGAUGAGUUGAAGAAGCUUGAAGGUGAAGGAAUGAGCCCCUUCGUAACAAAGCUGGUUGAUUCUCAACUGCAAGCGGCCACUGGCUACUCAUCAGGCGAGUUGUUCGCCUUCUUGAAAGUCUCUCCAGCGCAAAUGGCUUCGGACAUGCACGAGUUGGAGGACAUUUCUGGGUACGUCGAGAAGCUCCAGGAGACGGUGAACGUCAACAACUGGGACGACAUUGUCGAGAAUUUUCUUUGCCUCUAUGAUCUUCAGUUUCGAUUAAAGGGUGAGCGGAGCCGCAAAGUCUUCGCCACCAUUUGGAAGGAUGAAACGCUGCGGAAAUGUGUUGCGGUAGGGAGGCAUUUCCAGCAUGUGACAAGCCUCAAUGACCCGCCGGCAUUUGUCCUGCACAUGGUGAAAUAUGCCUCGACAAUUGUGAAGAAGGGUGCCGUGGGUUGGAAGUUGGCCAUGAAGAAGGAGAUGACGGCGAUAGAUUUGAUGAAGUCGCGGCAGCAAGCCUUCUUUCAAUUCAUGAUCAGUUGCAUCACAGGCUUCUUUGUGUUUGUGGCAACAUUCUUCUCGGGCCUUCUGCUUGAUGCAGCGAAGAGUGGCCGUGUGAGCAUCCCUUACUUUUCCAAUUUUCUCAUCUCCUUCAACUCCACAGAUGCCGUAUGAGCGGCUGGCACGCGCAGCGCGCAGCCUGCUGAAAGGCCUGCAUAUUGAGUGCAACCCGUCAACCGGCGCAAUCUCACCACUGGGUCAUUUCAGGGGCUGUAGAAGUUCAGGCCUUUCCUUUUCUUUUGAGCCCGGAGCUUUGGUUGUGAGAGCCCUUGUACCCGGAAGCGACAACUAGGCGACGUGGUUCAUCAAUUCUGAACAUUUCGACCUUUGGGUACUUGUAGCGUACUGUCCUGCACGUGCAGGGGGUGGGCACCUUUCACAAAGUGAAAGCCAACACUCAGUGUGAGCAGGUCAGUGGGUUUCCCAGAUGCACGGCUCACAAUAAAUGGGUUGACAUUCAAGCCAAACAAGGCUGUCUUUUAUGGACAGACUUUUGAGUUUUGUGUGAAAAGGCAGCUCAAAGCGCCUUCACGCCAGAUGUUUGCAUGCAAAGCUUGUUAGGUUCCACGCGGAAGUUUCUGAUCGUGUUUUAACCGCUGUCAAAACGGCGAA